AUGGACAUAAAAAUAUCUCGUAGAUUUGAUAUUCCUAACAGUUUAAUACCGAUUGGCAAUGGUAGUGUAUAUCCUAAUGAAUUUACGGUACAUAGUCUACCGGAAAAUGACGAAGUGCUUGUUAAUGGGGCGGUAUCUCUCACAUCCGAUUCAGAUGAUUCUCCCAAUGAAUGUAAUGAUUUGAAUUUUUCGACACCUCUUGGAGAAUCAUUAUCUGGUCAAUUGUUAUCGACGAAUAAGACUGAAAUCUCUGUUUUUGGUCAUAACGGUUCCGAAAAAUUUCAAGAUAUUACUGGUACUAUAUCAAAAGUUAAUGAGGAAAGUCUAGAUGAGGCAUUUGUAACAAAACUGUCUGAAUUACUUAUUCCUGAGGAUUUGCUUGCUUGGCGAAACAAAUACUUCCGACUUGAAUAUUUUCCAAAUAUGCUUUCUCAGUCAUCCUCGUCAGUUUCUUGUGGCAGCAGAAAUUCGUCUUCCAGUCAAAUGUUUGACUAUUCUAGCAAUUAUAAUAGUAAAGCCCUGAAGCCAGGUGGAUCAUUCGACUCAAAAAGUCAUUCUGUAACGGUUAAUCCUAAAAUUUCUUUGCCUGAAUUUACUCGCAUUACGACUAAUGAUGAUGAUGUUUACAAUCGACCAACAUCAGCCCCAAUCAGUCCAACUUCAGCUGUAUCCUAUUUUCCUUCUACACUACAUAAAAAUUCUACCCCUUUAAAUAGAGAAGUGCAUAAUCCUUCCAUCGAUCAAAACAUAUCAAAUGGUACAAAUGCUUUAGAGGAAAUUCAGAAGAAACCAUUAUCUUCUACAUUAAUGAACACAUUGUCAUGGUUUCCAGAUUGGGAUGGUUUACCUAUGCUAGUAGAUCGCCUAACAAUACAUGCUCACUCACAAUUAUGUCAAGAGCGUUAUAAUCGUAAAACACAAAAGCAAUCUAUGCUUGCAUUAGAAGCCAAAUUAAAAUAUGCACAACUGGAAGUUGAACGGUUGAAUACAGAGGCGAGAAGACUGAAACAACUUCUCGAGUUGACUAAAACCCAAACAUGUAAACAAGACACAAAUAUACUUGCCUCAUCAGAUGAUCAUUUAUCAUCGCUUUCAUCGUCAUUGUCAUCGUAUGAACAGAAGUUUACACGAAAUAGUCAUAUUAAUAGUCAGUGUAAAUCUAAAGAGUCCAGUUUGUUGAGUAGUGAACUGUUUGUUUCCAUUUCUAAAGAUAAAAAUAUUUCAGAAGAACACAAUCCAUCUAACGUUAAGUCUGAGUUAACUGAUCCAAUUGAAUCAGCACCAUGUAAGACAACUUCAUUUGAAUUAAUAGAUACGGAAGAUGGUCAGUCUGUUUUACUGCAGCCCGAUUGUAUUGCCCAUCAAUGUACAUCAUGUCGUAUCGAAUUUUCGGCUUUACGACCUAAACACCAUUGUCGAAAUUGUGGUUAUAUAUUCUGUGCAAAUUGUUCUGAUCGUCGUAUUGUUACAACAAGUCAACCAAGUGAACCGGUUCGUGUAUGCCGUCAUUGUUUCUUUCAACUAUCUCGUCCUACAGUGAAAUCGUCUAAACAACAAUUGGUUGAAGAAUACACUCCAUGUGUUGCGCGACGUACAAUAAUGAAGGAGGAUUAUAAUGGCGGUGGACUGGUAAAACACUUCACUAAUCCAGAUUUUCUUAGUUAUAUGAACAAUUCAAUUAUGCUUUCCACUGGUUCUGAUAGUGGUUGUAUGCCUGUUUCAUCUUUCUCUAAUGGUGCUAUAUUAAGAAUGUCGUCAAGCGGUGUCUCCCAUCACUUCAAUGAUUCUUUUAAUUCAGAGACCAAUACCAAUAAUGCUACAACAACAACAGCUGUUAAUCAUCGUUUAGAUUCGAUCCUUACAAAUAAUCCGCCUCUGUCUAGAUGUCAUAGUGCUGGUGGUGCUAGGCCAACCUCCUCUGCUGCGUCAGAUGGCAUUGCUCAGGCUUAAUUAAAGAUGAAAAGUAUACAACACUUAUAAAGCACUUCACUUCGCAUCAUUAGAUAACGUGUGUUGUGUAUCACACUAUAUAUACACACUGGCAGAAAAACAAUUCAUAUCCAUACUUGUUUGCUGUCAAUUUAUUCUCCUUCCAAAUUUGUCUUUCAAUUUUGUUUAUGACACUAGUCUUUGAUUUGACUUGGAAAAACGGACUAUUUUCCCCUAUUCAUUUACUCCUUUCUCCAUCCACACAGUAUGUAUAUUUGUGUACGUAUUGUUUUCUUCCAUCCAUGGGAGAAUUUUCUGCUUUUCUCCCGUUCCUUUAUAUAUGUAGCAUUAAGAGAAAGUUUUGGAGAAAUUGAAAUAUACUGAUUUAUGUUUGCAUAAAGAUGUCUGGAGUUGUUAUUGCUCAGUUGUUUAUUCAUCAAUAAUCUGUUUCGUCUCUUCAUUCUCUGAAAAGAUAUCUUAAUGUGCUUGUUUCUAAAUCUUAUCAGAUUUGUAUAAUUUAGUUUGUUACUAGUACAGCUGUUGAUGUUGUAAUUGAUAAUACUUCUCUGCUCUUAAAUUACCAAUGAUUACGAACUGAAGUUUUGUGCAUAUUUAUAUAGCGAAAUAUAUACAGAAGCAUAGAUUUAUAUCUGUGUAGUCUCUUAUGUGUUCCACACGACUUCAUUUGCUUUUAUUCUUUUCCGUAUCUUUCUUUGAAUUCCCCUACUUGUCAUUCAUAUAUUCACACACAUAGAUAGAAAUAGUUUUACAUUUUUCGUAUCAUUAAUAAAAUAAAGUGGUUAAUAAAAUCAGACUCAGUUAUUUUUGUGUCUAUUUCAAUCCACCAACUGACUUGAUUCAGAAGUUACUUGACUUAGUGAGCUAAUUAAUCUCUCUUUCAUAUUCGUCACUCCUUUAUCAAUGUAUAUGUUUUGUUUUUCCCUCUCUCAAUUACUCAAAUAACGCUUAUUUUGUGACAGUCAAGAUUUUUGUGUUUACUACUAUGAUUAUUAUUGUUAUUUUAAUCAAUAUUGCAAAUAAAUAUAUCAAACAAUUGUGAUGGUGU